GCGGGCCGGGCCGGGCCGGCGCCGCGUUAGCCUCGCUCGCCAGCGUCGCCCGGAGCCCCGGGGGAUGCUCCCGGUCGGCACCCCCUAUGGCCGCCGACGUCUUCAUGUGCUCCCCGCGCCGGCCCCGCAGUCGGGGCCGCCCGGUGCUGCUCAAGCCUCAGGUGCCUGAGGACGACGACGACUCGGACACCGAUGAACCGUCCCCGCCGCCCGCCUGCGCUUCGGCCACCCCGGCCCGGGCCCACGCGAGCGCCGCGCCGCCGCCGCCCAGGGCCGGGCCGGGCCGCGAGGAGCCUCCGCGCCGCCAGCAGAUCAUCCACAGCGGCCACUUCAUGGUGUCGUCGCCACACCGCGAGCACCCGCCCAAGAAGGGCUACGAUUUCGACACGGUCAACAAGCAGACGUGCCAGACCUACAGCUUCGGCAAGACCAGCUCCUGCCACCUGUCCAUCGACGCCUCGCUCACCAAACUCUUCGAGUGCAUGACCCUGGCCUACAGUGGGAAGUUGGUGUCUCCAAAGUGGAAGAAUUUCAAGGGCCUGAAACUCCAGUGGAGAGACAAGAUCCGGCUCAAUAAUGCCAUCUGGCGGGCGUGGUACAUGCAGUAUUUGGAGAAGCGCAAGAAUCCCGUGUGCCACUUUGUCACUCCACUAGAUGGCUCUGUUGAAGUAGAUGAGCAUCGCAGGCCAGAGGCCAUCACCACAGAAGGGAAGUACUGGAAGAGCCGCAUUGAGAUCGUGAUCCGGGAGUAUCACAAGUGGAGAACCUACUUCAAGAAAAGGCUACAGCAGCACAAGGAUGAGGACCUUUCCAGCCUGGCCCAGGAUGAUGACAUGCUUUAUUGGCACAAACGUGGGGAUGGAUGGAAGACCCCAGUCCCCAUGGAGGAGGACCCACUGCUGGACACAGACAUGCUCAUGUCGGAAUUCAGCGACACCCUCUUCUCAACACUUUCCUCACACCAGCCAGUGGCCUGGCCCAACCCCCGGGAAAUAGCACAUCUGGGAAAUGCAGACAUGAUCCAGCCGGGGCUGAUUCCUCUGCAGCCCAACCUGGACUUCAUGGACACUUUUGAACCCUUCCAGGACCUCUUCUCUUCCAGCCGCUCCAUUUUUGGUUCCAUGCUGCCUGCUCCUGUCUCAACACCUGCACCAGAUCCCAACAGUCCACCGGCUCAGGAGAGCAUCCUGUCAUCCACCGCUCUCCCCACCGUGAGCCUCCCUGAUGGCCUCAUAGCAGCUCCUGCAGCCACCACCCUGGACCCCACGGAUAGGCAGGGCUGUGAACGGGCUCCCCGGCCUGGAGACCCCUUUAUCCAGCCCACAGACUUCGGUCCUCCUGCACCACCGCUGAAUGUCCCUCAGCCUUUCCUCCCUGUGUUCACCAUGCCCUUGCUGUCUCCCAGCCCUGCCCCAGCACCUGCUUCCCCUGCCCUGCCUCUAGCCCCACCACCCCCUGCCCCUGCCUUGAGCCCCUCGGCUCCACCUACCUUCCUACCGCCGAAGUUUGCUGGAGCCAGCAAGUCGCCCUCCGUCAUCACACACACGGCCUCUGCCACCCUCACCCAUGACGCGUCUGCCACCACCUUCAGCCAGAGCCAGGGCCUUGUCAUCACAACCCACCAUCCCACGCCCUCAGUGUCCCCCUGUGGCCUGGCGCUGCCUCCGGUCACCCGGCCGCCAACUGCCGGACCUCCCCAACCCUGUUUAACUUUUGUGCACCCCAAACCUGUCUCUUUGACUGGGGGGAGGCCCAAGCAGCCCCCCAAAAUAGUGCCUGCUCCCAAACCAGAGUCUGUGUCCGUGGUAUUGAAGAAUGCUUGCAUUGCCCCAGCUGCCUUUUCAGGACAACCACAAGCAGUGAUCAUGACAUCAGGCCCUCUGAAGAGAGAAGGGAUGUUGGCUUCUACCGUGUCGCAGUCCAGUGUGGUCCUCACGCCUGCUGCCAUUGCCCGGGCUCCUGGAGUCACGGAGUUCCACAGUGGCAUCCUGGUGACAGACCUUGGCCGCACCACGAGCAGCCAGCCAGCCCCUGUCUCUCGGCUCUUCUCUCCAAGUGCUGUGCAAGACUCCCUGGUGAAGGGCGAGCAGGUCCCUGCCAUGGGUUCCAGUCGAGAUUGCCCAAACUCAGGGCAGGCCUCUCCAUGUGCUUCAGAGCAGAGCCCCAGUCCCCAGUCUCCCCAGAACAACUGCUCAGGGAAAUCUGCAGACCCCAAAAAUGUGGCUGCUUUAAAGAACCGGCAGAUGAAGCAUAUUUCAGCUGAGCAGAAAAGGCGCUUCAACAUCAAGAUGGGCUUUGACACCCUCAACAGUUUGAUCUCUAAUAAUUCCAAGCUGACCAGCCACGCCAUCACGCUGCAGAAGACCGUGGAGUACAUCACCAAGCUGCAGCAGGAGCGGGGCCAGAUGCAGGAGGAAGCCCGGCGGCUGCGGGAGGAGAUCGAGGAGCUCAACGCCACCAUCAUCUCCUGCCAGCAACUGCUUCCUGCCACGGGAGUGCCCGUCACCCGGCACCAAUUCGAUCACAUGAGGGACAUGUUUGAUGAGUAUGUGAAGAGCCGGACCCUACAGAAUUGGAAGUUCUGGAUUUUCAGUAUCAUUAUCAAGCCGCUGUUUGAGUCCUUCAAGGGGAUGGUGUCCACCAGCAGCCUGGAAGAGCUGCACCGGACGGCGCUGUCCUGGCUGGACCAGCACUGCUCCCUGCCCGUCCUCAGGCCAACGGCGCUGCACAGCCUCCGGCAGCUGAGCACCACCACGUCCGUCCUGACAGACCCGUCCCAGCUGCCGGAGCAGGCGGCACAGGCCGUCACCGCCAUCGGCAGGAGACCGGGGGACUCGUAGCAGCGCCUGGCGGGCGCGUGGCCGCGCAAGAUGCCACAGAGGCUCUUCCCGCCCGUGGAGAGGGGCUGCAGCCCAUGCCUCUCCUGACGCAGAGCUCAGGGCCCCCCUCCAACUCCGCCGGCCCACUGGGCCACGCAACACUGCGCUCAGGGCUGAAGCAGGUUCGGGGCCUGUGGACAGCAGUAGCCCGUCUUUGGGAAGCCCUUGCUGUGAACUCUUACUCAUUGACCUCAGUCGUGACCUCCCCUGCCCUCAGGCAACCCAGACAAAGUCCGGUCCUGCUGGUGGUCUGCCGGGCCCCUGGUGCCUGAGCAGGGAGUAGAGGGGACAAAGGGGCACGGCCUGCGCCUGGGAGCUGGGAGGCAUAAGGGUUCCUCUUCAGUUCUGUCCUCAGACUUCUGGAUGCUCGCUCCUGUCACCCCUGGGCACUCGGAUGGCGCCGCUCUGACUCGCCCGUGGGGCAGGUGGAAGGCACCUCCCUUCCUCCCUCACACUCUGACCUUGUAAGUAGGUUUGGACAGCUGCUCCCACCGCACAGGCCGCCAGGGAACCCCGGAACCCGCGUGCGGAAGCGGUGGGUGUGAAUGCUCGCGGCGCGAGAAGGUUCGCAAAGCAAGGCGAAGCUGCUGCUCUGGCUCCGGAGACCCCUCGGGUGGCGCCGCGGGCGGCCUCGCUCCGUUCUGCCGGGGCCUCGGCAGCCGUCGUCGGUAGCUUGAGAACCGUGGCGGGGACUCAGGCGGGGCCUCGCUGGGCGCCACCUCACCGCAUGGCCCUUGUUCUGCACCUUCCUCCAAGCCGCAGCCUCAGACGAGCCAGCAGCCUCGGGUGCACGCUCGCAGCCCUGAGAGCGCAGCAUUUGAGAGGCCAGACUCCACGGUGCCGCCGUGGGUCUGUCGCCUUGUCUGGAUGGUUCAGCCAGGAGCCCCAAACCAUAACAGUUCUCGGACCAAAGAUGUCACCACACCCAAAGUCUGUCCUGUGUUGUGUUUGGAGGAAGAGAUUGAAUGUUGUCGGGCAGCCCUCUGAGGCAGCCAGCCUCAGUUUCUGGGCAUCUCCCAGAUCAUACAGUGAAGAGUUACACUCAUAUUUGAUCCAGGCGGAGGGAUAUCUGGGGGCAGCGGCCUGCUUCUGAAGGUGGAAUUGCAUUCGGGGUGUCCGGGCCCAUCCUCUUGUAUGUGAUGUGCAAGAGGAGCUGCAGAUGGAAGGGCGGGUGCUCUCUCUAACGCUCAGGAAGCCCAGCCAAGGGUACCUCCUCGUUGAAAGAAUGUGCUUUUAACGUCCUGCUGUGAAGUUCAGAGUCUCAGUGGACUUUCCAGUCAAUCUCUGUCCUCCCUGCCAGAGAUGGAGCCUGGGCAGUGCUAGGCAAGGCCGGGAAUGCUGGGUAGGCUCUGAGUGGGGGCUGCUGAGGGCAACCUCCUGCAGCUUGGACCCAUUUGGAGGCUCCCGCGGGUUCCUGGAGGCCUGCUGAAGGUGCUCAGGGGGCAGCCAGCCCUGCCUCGGCCUCUGUUGAUGGAGGAUGGCAGGGGUGACGUCUCCCUGCCGCCGGCCAUGCCACCGUCUCUGCUGCAGGUCACCGACCAUCACCUACUCCCUUGUCUGUGCUUCAGCCCCGCACAAGAGCAGCUUGGCGGCGUCCCUCAGCCUCUCCAGAAAACGUGUUUACAAGCCUCCCAGAUCACUCCCCUGAGGGGCGAGCACAAGACAAGGCUGGGCUGAUCCUUAAUGUCCACUGGGAAGUGGUAAGAGAGCUCAUCCUUCACCCCAGGAUAAACAUGAAUUUGCCCUUCAGAAGGGGAAGACCACCAUGGUAAGAACUCACUAGGGUCAAAAGGAAGAACACGAGACAUCCCCAGCUACGAGGGCUUGUGGAGGGUCAUGAGCUCCGUCCCUUCCCCAGUUCCUGUGCCUUUGUAAACCGCGUGAAUGGCCGUAAUGCUUGGCCCACCAAGACCUCUCCUAAAUGAGCAGCCUUCUCCCCACCCGGUGCUGGGAGUCUUUUUCUUUUUUUUUUUUUAACUCUGUGGGAUGUAAAAUUGGCCUCUUGCUUCUUCGGCCUACCUCUCCUCUUCCUUUUGCUGAAUUAAUGUUCAUGAUUCUGUUUUGUUAAAUAUUUAAGGCUGUUGGGUCACAUGAGACUUUGAAGGGUUGUGUGUGUGUGUGUGUGUGUGUGUCUGUCUGUCUGUCUGUCCUAGCAGACUGUUAACUAGAUGCAUGUUUUUGUUUUGAGUCAUUUACUUAAAUCCAUUUCUCUUGGUGCUCACAAUUACCACGGCUGUUGGGCCACAAAGCUGUAUCUCUUACCACAGACAUGACUGUUUCUUGUCCCAGAAUAAUUUCUUAUUUUGGAAUCUUGCCCGAUGAAUCUGGCCAGACAGAGGGGCCCAGUGGGGGCGCAGGGGCAGCGAGACCACCCUGCCAGCGGGCUGCAGGGUGUGCUGCCCACAGGGCUGUGCUUUGUUUACACUCAUUUUCACCCCUGCUCCUGCCUCUGCUCCCAUAAAAGAAGCUUUAAAAUGCUGACACUUUGGAGAAUAAAAAAAAGAUCAAUCUGAAAAGGAAAAAAAAAAAAAGCCUGUCUGACACAUAAAUCUUUGAAAAGCAUUUCUGUGAAAUCUUUCUGUGCCAUCAGCCCUCUUCACACUGUGCCUGCUCUUUCACGAUGAGUGGGAAACACAGGGACAGGGCAGGUGCCACCAAGGGGCUUUCUAAAAGUUGGCGGGCCCGCCCCUCCCAUCUCAGGCGGGUUACACCUGCAGUCACCCCCAGGGGGGCUCCAGCCCGUGCACCCCCGCUGCUGUCCAGCCAGAGUUUCUCACACGAGAGCAGCCGUCCCAGCAUCAGAAGUUAGAGUUAAUGAGGUGCUAGCGGACGUCACUGGCCCUUGUCAGGAGGAAGGACUGGGGAGCAGGGAACCCCCAGCGCCACCCUGUUCCUGGAGCCUCUGCAGGAGGAGGGGUGGUCAGUUGUCGCCCCUGUGUCCUUGGGCACCCACUGCCCUUGUGACCUGACGGGCCGGGAGGUUUUCCUGCUCUGGCCGAUAGAAAUAUAAACUUAGACUGAGCAAGCAUGGCCCCCAGGGUGGUAUCAACCCCCUUUGUCUCGACCCAGGUGAAGGGGUGUGGUGGCAAGGGACCUGAGAACUAGAGGAACGAGGAGCAGGUCCAUUGUUUGAGGAUUACAAGCUGGCACGGUCUAGCUGAAGCACACGGCGUGGCGCCGGGCUGUCCUCAGUGCUCCCUGCCCCAUGCCCAGGACCCCCCACGCCGUGGAUAAGCUGGUCCGCUCGCUCCUCUCUCUCUGGUGGAAAGUUGCCUUUCCCUAGAGAUGGCCUGCUUCCUGUUACGCACUUCACCAGUGACGAAACCCACCCACCGCUCAUGGGAACUUAGCUUUGCCAAGUGUUCCCUCGGUCAUGGUCUCACUGGAGGAGAGAGCUGGGAUGCCCUGGUGUGAGCAACAUGGCAGCCGCAGCCUGAGUCUUCACCUCGGUGCCCUGAUACCGUAUAUGUUGAGGAUUUUCACCACGUCUGAACAUGCACAAGGGGAGAAGGGGGUUGGAGGGUGGAAGAGCUUGGAAGCUCAACACCUGUUUGUAACUUUCAGUAGUCUCCUUGGCCUUGACCCUCUGGGAUCGGAGGGACGGCGAGAGCAGGGAGAAGCCCUAGGACCUACUGUGUACCUCCAGCAACUGCCCCGUUUUGUUUUCCUUCUGAGGACUUGGCUUUCCUGGCUCAUCAUGCAGGAGGCUGUCUCCUUGUUGGGAUUUGCGAAAAUCAGCCUUUGAGAAAGAAAAGGGAACUUUUCAUGUUAAAUGUUGGCUUUGAUUCUGUGUGUGUGUGUGUGUGUGUGUGCACGUGCUUGCACAAGCCUGCCUGUGUUUGUUUACUUAAUGGAAUUUUAUUUUUGUGAAAUUCCUUCCCAAAUAUGUAGCAGAAUUCACCUCCAUCUCCCAGUCAAACUUUUGGUUUCACAGUCAACCCUGGGCGUCACUAAUUUGAAGAAUUCUCUUCUGGGUUUCUAAACAGAGGUGUGCUCCUCCCAAGGCUUGAGAUUGUGGAGGGCUUGGGAGAAACGGAUACAUUUCCGUAGAGUUUGUCCUGCAGUUGAAGGGUAUGAAGGGCUCAGCCCAGGGACACACAAUUCCUAGGCUGUGUUUCUCACAAGGGAGCUUGAACACAGCCUCUCCCCGACAACGCCCUGCUGUUUCUCUACCCGAAUCUUCUCAGACGGCCCGCGAAAGGGAACCUCGUUCAUCUACUUAUUUUGUAACAUCACGGCUGAGCUACCACGGCGUUCUUUUCCUUUGCCAGCUUCCAGUUCAUUGUAUAAAUGGUUCGUUUUUUCUGUUGUGAGCUUUGGUGAUUGCGUCAGGGCUCCGUUGGGAGGCAGUUUCCCCUCGUGGUCCGAACAGCAAAACCCGAGAAGAGCCUUGUUACUCGGAGGCUCCCUCAGGCCUGCACCACCCAGAACACCACCCUUCAUGCUCCGCUGUCGAGAAGCACGUUUCCACCAGCUGUAUUCAACACUACAAUGCAGUUUUAAAACUAUAUUUGCAUCCGAGACAAUAAAAAGCUGUAUUUUUUUGA